GGAAUCGUGUCUAGAGUGCACCACGGCCUUUCGAGGCAUCGUGGAACGCAGGGAACACGCCAUCAUCUGCAGUGUGUGUGAAUUUUUUUUCUUUUCGAAGCCACUGAGGGAACAUUUCUUUCCCUCUCUUUCUCGCUAGACGGUUUUACCGAAACAGCUGAUCGUAGCCCCUUUAAUUGCAUCGCGGCUUGGUCUGUCGACGCCGCGGUAAAUUGUUGGAUAUUCCAAGGGAGAAAAGAGAUUUCGGCAUAGUGGUCGGCUCGUUUAGUGGGACAAUCUUGUGCGGUAAAGCGUGCCUGUGAAUACGGUCGAGUGUUUCGUUGCUCGGUGCACGGAAACAAUUGGUAUCUGUCUUAUGUCGCAAGUGGAAGCACUUGAAGGAAUUUGGAAUGAUUUUUGCAUUGUAUCAAAACAAGCUGGAAUUGAUAAGUUAAUGUUCGAACGAAUUCGUAAAUCGCGCUCCUUCGAAAGACGCGUCGCCAUGAUGGUGCAGCUGGCGGAUAAAUGGUCGGGCGGGGGAAACGAAAGACGUGCAUCCACCAUAACGGCUUGGACUUCUGUGACGUCUUCAAUGGCCGCCGCCGUAUUGUCUACACACGUAACGGAGCGCGGUACUAUCGCAAACCGCGUUCCGUGCUGGUUUACGACGUAGUGUUUACUGUUUAUCGUUAGAAUAAUCCACCAGGCUGUGGCCCGACGUGCAAACCAUGGGCUCGAAGAAGCAUAAAAAGCACAAGCGCGAAAGGCACGAAGGAAUUUUGACUACGUUUUCACCAUGGACAAACUGAGAGUGAGGUUGGAGUAGAAGUGAGGUGGAUUCAAAAGUAUAAACGAAGGUUCCACUGCAACAGGUGCAACGUGGAACAGAAGGGCACUAUACAAUCACGGAUAAACCCCGUACCUUGAAGUUAAUUUUAAAGGUGGGGGGUAGUAGUGGCACACCUGAAUACGGCAACGAAUCUCCAAGUCAAACAACAAUGUUGUCUCAACAUUUAGGUGUGUACCAGCAACAGUUGGGUCUCAACUGUUCCGUAACGCAGGAGUCUGAAUACGAUAGGUAUUUGGGGCAUAAGAAACUCAAGAAGAAAAAGAAAAAGAAGGAUAAAAGACACAAGCACCAUCAUAAAGAUAAGAAAAGACGAAGAGAAGAGUCAAGUCAAGAAUCCGUAGGAGAUGCGGAUGAAAGUUUCGCAGAAGUCCCCAAAAAGAUUCCUAAUCACCAGUUGCUACCUCCUAGACCCCCAUCGAGCGGAGAGCACAGAGUUGGCAUUACUAGCCAUAUUAGCUCUCUGUCUCCGCAUCGUGAGCCUCGAACUUGUGUGCUUCGAAAAAUUGCCGAGCGUACACCCCUUCAACGAUUGUUAGAACAUCUUCUCAGGUCAAUGGAAAAACGUGACCCACAGCAAUUUUUUGCUUGGCCAGUCACAGAUAGCAUUGCGCCUGGUUACUCUCAAAUCAUUACUAAUCCUAUGGAUUUCAGUACCAUAAAACAGAAGAUAGAUGAUAACAAUUAUCAAAAUUUAAACGAAUUUAUAGACGAUUUCAAGUUAAUGUGUGAUAAUGCUACUACUUAUAAUCACCCAGAUACAAUUUAUUACAAGGCAGCUAAGAAAUUGUUACACGUUGGUCUAAAAAUGGUUACACCCGAGAAGCUUCGUCAAUUAAGACCCGUUUUAACUUAUAUGCAGGAUAUUUCAAGAGAGGAACUUGGAUUCGAAUUAGGUACAGAAGAUCCUAACAAUCCAGAUGUUCCAGUAACGGAAGAGCAAAUCGAACGGGAACGAGAACAGGAGGAGCGCAAUGAGGAAGCGGAGGAACUUAGAAAGGAGAAUCAGAGGAAAAUGAGAUUAGCGAAUUUAGGUAAAUUCGAAGCUAUCCCGGACGAUUUGACUCCUGAAGAGAUCUUGAAACAAGCGCGAGGUGCUGCUAAAGCAGCAUCCGAAAAGUUAACGUUGAAAAGGUUGAACUCGAAGAUGGGUUUCCUUAGACAAAAGAAAGAUGGAACUACUAGUUUACAGAUAAUAGUACCCGGAGAUGGAGUGAUUCCAGGAACCAAUCAAAGACCGGUAUCGUUAGGUCAACUGAUAGGAAAAUUGAAUCAUGGUACUGGGGCAUUAGCAGGAUUUCGUGAAGACAGGAGAAAUAUGUCUAAACCAGUAAAACCUUUAUACUACGGUGCCUUUGGCUCAUACGCGCCAAGUUAUGACUCUACGUUUGCCAAUCUUACAAAAGAGGAAACAGACUUGGUGUACCAAACGUAUGGCGAUGAGACGGCUGUACAAUACGCGGAAUCUAUUUUAGACUUUGCUAAAGACUGUGAUUAUACUCUGACUAUGGUCGACGAUUUACUGGAUAUAUUGACAGGAGGUGAUCACAGAAAGACCAAGAAGUUCCUCGAGGAAAAACGAAGGCUCAAAGAAGAGGAGGAGAAGAUAAAGCAUUUACUAGAGAAACCUAUGCAAGAUAUAAUUCGAAAUAUCUCAACUGUUGACAACGUUAAAGUUGAUAUUGAUCAGUUGAAAACACUUUCAGAGCUAGGAAUCGAUGUCAAUUUCUUGGAAAAUCUAGAUGUUGAUUUAAAGACCACUGAGGAACGUACAGCCUUGCAAAGUCGUUUGGACGAUACGUCGCAAAUGUUGAAUCGUUUGAAGCAGGUACAACACGAACGACUCUCGGCUCCACCACCCCCUCAUUUGUCGAAUGUUCCUAAACCAUCAGAAAUCGAGGUGGCGAUAGCUGACAAAAUCACAGACAAUUUAACGGAAAUAGCUAAGAAGCUUCCUCCUUCGGCUAUCGCACCCGUGGAAGGUUUGAGAAAGGCCAUGGGUAUAGCACCUCUUGGAGGACCAGAGCCUAUGGAGGUUGAACCUAUCACUCAUAACCCGACUAUCGUCGCAGAAAGUAAUCUAUUAUCGCAAGCUAACGCUAAUCAAGUUCCGCCGAAUUUGUUGCCAACUCCCUCACCGAUUCCAAACACAAAUUUACUCAGUUCAACGACUAGCCAACAAGCUCAACCGAUCAGUAUCGUGAACGCGAAUCAGCCACCUAUUCAAAUACAGAUUGGCAUGGCGCACAGUCAGACGCCGCCAUCUUUACUUGGUACGACAGAAACAUCCGCGGUUCCCGAUUUGGAAACCGAACUUCGUGAAUUUCUAGAGAGCGAUCCUACGUUAGGACACUCCCCUCUUCACGACGAUAAAACAUUGGAGGACAUUUUAUCUGAGUCUUAGUGUGUACGAUUCGCGAUAAUAUAUUUUUCGUUUAUAUACCUCCCACAGGUUGUACAUUUUUCUUACGUAUCAACAGCAAUAGGUUUAAUGCGAAAAUGCGUACUGUUUAAUAAAUAUAAGGUCGUGUCCCCAUAUCGUGUUGUCAUGCAAUCAACACCGUGCUUAUUUUAUAUAAUUAUUUAUGAAGUUUGCGUAACAAAUAAUAUUAAUGGAACACUUGUAAAAUUUUUAUGAGAUACACAUGUAAUGCGGAAUAUUGUUUCAUUAUAAAUGUUGAAGAGAUUUUAAUGAAUUAUACCCAAAGAUAAAUCAAAUGGAAUUUACUUUAUUCUUACUUUUGUUUUUAAUCCUAAAUUUUGAUGUUAAUCGUUUGUCGAAAUGUUACGCAAACGCAAAUACGUAUUUUAAGAGCAAGGAAAAUACUUUGUAUUCGAAUAAAUUCAGACUUUUCUGUUGCACA